AUGGCUCUGCAGGAUGUGUGCAAGUGGCAGGCCCCCGGCACCCAGGGACCAUCAUCGCCUCACCUGCCUCGGGCGGGUGGCUGGGCCAUGCCCCCAGGCUGGGACCCUCAAACCUUCCUGCGGAUCCACGGCCCCAGGCUGGCGCAUGGCACCACCACGUUGGCCUUCCGAUUCCGGCACGGAGUGAUCGCUGCCGCCGACACACGGUCCUCCUGUGGCAACUAUGUGCAGUGUCCGGCCUCAUGCAAGAUCAUCCCCGUGCACCAGCACCUCGUGGGCACCACCUCCGGCACGUCGGCGGACUGUGCCGCCUGGUACCGUGUGCUGCGGCGGGAGCUGCGGCUGCGGGCACUGAGGGACGGUCAGCUGCCCAGCGUGGCCGGUGCCGCCAAACUCCUGUCGGCCAUGAUGUCCUGCUACCGGGGGCUGGAUCUGUGCGUGGCCACCGCGCUGUGUGGCUGGGACCGCUCGGGCCCUGCCCUCUUCUAUGUCUACAGUGACGGCACCCGCCUGCAAGGGAACAUCUUCUCAGUGGGCUCUGGAUCUCCCUAUGCCUACGGCGUGCUGGACCGUGGCUACCGCUACGACAUGAGCCCCCAGGAAGCCUACGCCCUGGCUCGCUGCGCCGUGGCCCACGCCACCCACCGCGAUGCCUACUCCGGGGGUUCUGUAGACCUUUUCCACGUGCGGGAGAACGGAUGGGAGUAUGUGUCCCGCAACGAUGCCUAUGUGCUGUACUCGGAACUGCAGAAGCUUCCGGAGCCAGGGAAGGAGGAGGAGGAGGAGGCCCGCUGGGACCAGCCUGAGCCAGUCACCCUGCACAGAGACUCCAGAAUGCCCGCGGAGACUGAGAUGCUGUGA